CUUUGACAUUAGCUGAUGAUACAUCAAACAUCAAGCUGAAAGCGAAAAACGUUUACAAAAAUAUUAUUAAACCACACCAAUUAGUCAAAAUAAACAGGUCAAUUACUCAAUUACCAACAAAACCAAGAAACGAGUGCAUCUGUCGAUUGAAAAUAUCAAUAACAAUUGAAUUCAAAACCAAUUAGUUGCUUACGUGUUUCUUUUGUAUCUAAGAAAAUGCUAUAACACUUCUACAGUUAUAAACGGCUUAGUGAUGAAUAAAAAACCAACUAGAACUGGUCCGAGGAUCCGUAUAACACGACCAGCGAACAGGAAGAAGGAGGAACUGCCGAGGCAAGAAGACAAAAGCCUCAUCUAUACUUGCCAGUACUGUCGAGUGAAAUUCACGCAUAACAGUCAAUUCUUCCGCCACAUGACAUCCAACCACCAGAACCAGCAGAGAGAAGCGACUUUCGAGUGUAACGAGUGUCAAAUCAUCUUCAACAAGAAGUCCAAUUUGGAUUUGCACUGUCAAACUCACCACCAAAAACAGAGUAAGUCGAAAUGCGAAUCGUGCGCAAUUACAUUCAAAUCGCGGUACUGUUUACGCCGCCACAUGAAAUUGAAGCAACUGCUAGCCGAAAACUCGUGUUUGAAAUGCCAAAAGAAAUUCACAAAUAAAGAUAGCUUGCUUAAACAUAUGAACAAUAAGCACACAUUCAAAAAUGUGACAUUUGAAUGUAUUCACUGCUCGCUGAAGUUCAAAGCCAAGCAGUCUCUGUUGAUGCAUCUCAAUCGGAUACACAAGCAACGGUUAUGAUUACUUGGUUAAGUUUUAGUUUAGAUUUUAGUAUUUAAGACUUGUGUAUGCUUUUAAUCCGUUGUCUAUGACUUGGGCAUAAAGCAUCAAUGUUGAGAUGAGUUUCUGUUAUUAUCAUCACCUCUGUCCACUACAGGAUGUAAGCCAACAUUAUGAUCCUGAGCCGCCUGCAUCCUGCUAAUCCCUGCGCUUUAUAGUGCAAGAUCUCCAUUCCAGCACCUUGGGACCUUAACAUUAAUCGGCUCUUUGAACUGUAUGCCCCGACCAUUGCCACUUCUGCUUUUUCACUAUAUUGUGAUAAGGGAGUCAUCUUAUUUUGUUAUUAAAAUUUCUAUUAAGUAAUAGAACUCUGAGCUGCAGUAGCCCAGUGGAUAUGACCUCUGCCUCAGAUUCCGGAGGGUGUGGGUUCGAAUCCGGUUGGGGCAUGCACCUCCAACUUUUCAGUUGUGUGCAUUGUAAGAAAUUAAAUAUCACGUGUCUCAAAUGGUGAAGGAAAAACAUUGUGAGAAAAUCUGCAUACCAGAGAAUUUUCUUAAUUCUCUGCGUGUGUGAAGUCUGCCAAUCCGCAUUGGGCCAGUGUGAUGGACUAUUGUCCUAACCCCUGUCAUUCUGAGAGGAGACUCGAGCUCAGCAGUAAACCGAAUAUGGGUUGAUAAUGAUGAUGAUGAAUAGAACGCAACAAUUAUUCUUUAUAUGCCCAAGUCAUGACAAGUUUUUGUAAGAUUUUUGUCAUAAAUGUACUUAUUUUGUAACAUUUUUAAUAGUUAUUUAUUCAAAAUUUAGACAGACAAUGGAAUACUCAAAAUAAUAUGUGAAAUAUUGUAAGUACUAACUGGCAGCUUCGAACAAGAUUACAGUAAAAGCUCCUUAUUUGCAGUUUCCCUAUUUAUGUUAUCACUGUUAAAAGGACAUGUCCCAACUUUCCAUGGACACUGGGCCUUUAUUUAGAGUCUCAAGUAAGCAGAACAAAUUAUUUUUAACUUCAUCAUGUUAGCCGAUUGACGUCCACUGCAGGAUGUAGUCCCUUUUGUAGUCACUUCCAAAAAAUUGCAAUACUGAGCCGUUCAGCAAAUACCUGCAACUUGCUUGAUGUUGUCAGUCCAUCUGAUGGAGGAUCUACUAACACUGCGCUUUCUGGUGCGGGGACGCCAUUCCAUCACCUUGGGAUCCCAACGGCUCUUUAAACUAUGUGACCCUCCCAUUGUCACUUCAGUUUCACUUCAGACACAUUGAGCUAUGUUGGUGACUUUACUUCGGCGGAUCUCCUCAUUUCUGAUUCGAUACUCCAAGCAUAGGCCCAAAGUCAGUAUUUUUAUUUAAAGGAGCAUAAAAUAUAGGACUUAUUUUAGGAUUUUCAUCCGCCUUCUAACAAGCCAGCCCUUACCAUCAGGUGAGAUUGUAGUCAUGGGCUAACUUGUAAAGAAUUAAAAAAAAACCAAUUAACCAUUCUAUGUAUUCAUUACAUUUUCACACUCAUACGGGCAAAUGAGAAGCUUUUUUACUAAUUAAUUUUGUUAAGUAGUUUAGUAUAUUAUAAGUUGUGAUUAUUUUACCACUUUCAUAAAAUAUAAAUACUUGGAUACCUACCUAAAGUUUGUUUCAUGUGGAUUUACUUGAAAACCACGUUAUUUGUGUUUUUUUUUUUAAUUAACAGAGUGCCUAGUGGGAGUUUUUAAUGUUUUCAUACUGUGACGAUCGCGUAAAAGUAAACGCGGAUUUAUAUGGAAUUAAAAGAGUUGUGCAGUAGUGGCACUAGAUGGCGUUGUUUCAAUUCCUUGGAAAUUCGCGUUUACGUUAACGCGAUCGUCACAGUAUCAAACUGCCAUUAGGCACACAGUAGUUUUCAUUAACUGAGUAGUUUUUCGUCAAAUAAAAUACCGCACCCAAAUAAAAUAAGCCGUGAUAGCCCAGUGGAUAUGACCUCUGCCUCCGAUUCCGGAGGGUGUGGGUUCGCCGGUCCAGGGCAUGCACCUCCAACUUUUCAGUUGUGUGCAUUUUAAGAAAUUAAAUAUCACGUGUCUCAAUCGGUGAAGGAAAACAUCGUGAGGAAACCUGCAUACUAGAGAAUUAUCUUAAUUCUCUGCGUGUGUGAAGUCUGCCAAUCCGCAUUGGGCCAGCGUGGUGGCCAGCUAUUGGCCUUACCCCUCUCAUUCUGAGAGGGGUAAGGCCAACUCACUGGCUCACUGCUGAGACUCGAGCUCAGCAGUGAGCCGUAUUUGGGUUGAUGACGACCCAAAUAUGUUUAUCAGUUUUGGAGUUGUAAUGUCAUGGACGGACUCAAAUGUACAUGGAUAUAGACAUUUCGAAAGGUGAUUUAGCUUCAGAAGUUGUAUUAAGGUUGUACAAGGCGUUUGUACAAGGCGUUUGUGACCACAGAUUAAAGAAUAAUAGACACAUAGAGCGCAUGGAACACGACGGUGUCGAAACCGUUCCAAAUACAAAAUUCAAAAACGAAUACUUAGUCGAGUCAGUAGGUACAACACGUACGUACUUAUUUAAGAAAAUGGCGUCCUAUGUUUUAAAAAUAUUUUAAAAACUUCACAAACAGUAAAGAAAAAUGAGAUUUUUUAUUGGUAAGUAAUUAUUGAUUAUUAUAUCAAUUUUCGUAGCUGUUGUAAGUGUUAAAAUUUGAAAUACAAAUUAUGAUAAAAGUUUGUAUAUGCGGAUGCCAAUGAGACGCGUGAUGAUUGUUUUUUUAUGGGUUUCACUGACUUCACCACGCUGCUUGUAAACACAAAUUUUGGAUCAUUCUUUAGUCUGUGGUUGUGAGUUACAAAUGAAGUUUCUUUAUUAAUAAAAUAGUAAAAGGUUACAAAUAGUGUAUUGAAAUUCUUUUAGUUUACAUUUUACACCUAAAUGUGUUUUAAUAUUAAGUCUUAAUUUAAAAGUUACGUAAACAAUAUGAUAUUUAUAAAGCCUACAAAUAAACUAACUAACUGAUAA